GGGGCACAGGGCACAGUAUCCUAGCAACUACAUCACGCAAACAUAAUGAAACAUGGCGGAUGAUAAGGAUAAUGCAGAGGCCAUCCUCUCAGAGGUUCACAAGAAGAUCAGCGAUGCCUUUGAUCUAUUUGACCAUGAGUUCAACAAAACAGUAGAUGUCAGGGAAAUUGGAACCAUAAUACGGUCACUGGGAUGUUUUCCAUCAGAGGUAGAGUUACAUGAUGUCAUUACUGAAGCUGAAGAUGAGGAGCCAAUGGGAUACAUUCGCUUUGAGAGGUUCCUUCCAGUCAUGACGAGGGUCCUGAUGGAGCGCAAGUUCCGGCCCAUCACAGAGGAUCUGCUGCUCCAGGCGUUUGAGGUUUUGGAUCAACAGAAUAAAGGCUAUUUAGAAGCAGAAGAAUUAACAAAGUAUAUGACUCUGGAAGGGGAACCCUUCACCCAAGAGGAGAUGGAAGAGAUGCUCUCAGCUGCCCUCGACCCCGAGAAGAAUGUCAUUGCCUACAAGGACUUUGUGAGCAUGAUGGUCAUCGACGAUGCUCAGUGACCGCAAGGUCCGAACCCAAACAGUGGCUGACUGGGGAGUGGUCCAGGCCCCGAACCUAUUUCCAGUCCAGGCUGGGUUAAAAAAAAAAGGGUUAAAACACAAAAUGAAAAUGGGAUGAGGGCUUAGGAAGAGGAUGGUAAUUAAAAACAAAAUCUUUUUC